UUAAAAAAUCAAAAUUUGAGAUUAUAUUUGUGGCCAAGGAAGAAAAAGAAGAGCUAAAAGUAUAUGGUUGGCUAGCUAGUCGAAGAUGAGAAGUCACUGGAAGUAGUUAAAACAUGUUGGCUUCCUGGAGAGCAACUCCCACACUUUGCUUAUCAAACAAAUAUGGAAGUGGGUUCUGUUGCAAAGCAACUACUCUUCAAACCCAAGGAAAUGGGGAUCAAAACGGUGGCAGAAGUUUUAGAAAGAAGAAGAUAGUCAUUGUUGGCUCUGGUUGGGCUGGCCUUGGUGCCGCUCACCAUCUCUGCAAACAGGGUUUUGAUGUCACUGUGCUUGAUGAUGGAAAUGGUUUCGGCAGUCCAGAUGAUGUCUGUAUGCAGGGUUUUUGGUAUCCCUACCAGAAUAUAUUUAGCCUUGUUGAUGAGCUCGGUAUCAAGCCGUUCACGAACUGGAUGAAAUCUGCACAAUAUUCAGAGGAGGGGUUGGAGGUUGAAUUUCCAAUAUUCCAAGAUCUUCCUCAGUUGCCUACUCCAUUAGGAACCUUGUAUCAUGCUCAAUUUACUCGACUACCCUUGGUGGAUAGAUUAACUCUACUCCCUCUAAUGGCUGCAAUAAUCGACUUCGACAACACUGAUACAGCAUGGAGAAAAUAUGAUUCAAUUACUGCAAGGGAGCUUUUCAAACAGUUCGGAUGCUCAGAAAGGCUUUAUCAGAAUGUUAUUGGUCCAUUGCUUCAAGUGGGGCUGUUCGCUCCAGCAGAGCAAUGUAGUGCUGCUGCAACUUUAGGAAUUCUAUACUACAUCAUCCUUGCCCACCAGAAAAAUUUUGAUUUAGUAUGGUGUCGAGGGACACUUAAAGAGAAGAUUUUUGAACCAUGGGUGGACUCCAUGAAGACUAGAGGUUGUGAAUUUGAUGGUAGAAUAGUGACAGACCUCUCACUUAAUGAAGAAACAGGUUGUAUCUCACAAGUAGUUUGCGGCAAGAAGAAAUACAAUGCUGAUGCAGUUAUCUUGGCUGUUGGGAUCUCUACCCUUCAAGAACUUGUCAAGAAUAGUGCAGCAUUGUGUACUAGGGAAGAGUUUCUUAAGGUCUUGAACCUGGCUGGCAUUGAUGUACUCAGUAUUAAGCUUUGGCUUGACAAGAAGGUUAUCAUUCCAAAUGCAAGCAAUGCUUGCUCCGGAUUCGGUGAAUCAUUUGCGUGGACCUUCUUUGACUUGAACCAAAUCCACGACGAGCACAAAGAUGGUCCAGUAACCGUCUUACAAGCCGAUUUUUAUCAUGCUAAUGAGUUACUACCCCUGGAAGAUGAGGAUGUACUUGCAAAAGUUAUGCCCUAUCUCUCAAAGUGCAUCAAGGACGUCGACACUGCUACCGUUACAAACAAGGAAAUCAGACGAUCUCCGAAAUCCUUGACUCAUUUCUUUCCAGGUUCAUACAAGUACAUGAUGCGCGGCGCUACAUCUUUCCCCAACUUGUUCAUGGCUGGCGAUUGGAUUACAACACGACAUGGUUCAUGGUCACAGGAGAAAUCUUAUGUCACGGGACUUGAAGCUACCAACCGGGUGGUCGACUAUCUUGAAGAUGGAAGCUUUGCUAGAAUUAUACCGGUGGAGGAAGAUGAACCUCACAUUGAAGCACUUCGCAGCCUCAACAGAAGAAUUAAGGAGAUUAGCUCCCAGCUUCCAUUGUGUAGUUAUUUCCUCCAAUGAACUGAUAUUUACAUUAUCUACAGCAAUAUGAAUAUGACAUUCUACUAUCCUUAAAAGAGCUAUUUUAUAUUUUAUAUC